AUGAAUAAUUAUAAAAAAAUUGAUAAUUACAAAAUUGAAAAAGAAAAAACAAAAAAAUCAAAGGUAUUAACAGAGUCUAUAAUUUCGCCAAACUCUGCAUUGGAUAGAAUUUCUAGUCAAAAACUUAUAUUUAAUCUUUCAAGAGAUUUCAAUUAUGAACAAAAGGACUCUUGUAUUAAAAAAGAUAAAAAAAUAUAUACAUCACCAUUCAUUAAAAAUAUUAUGAAUCAAAAAAAUAAAAAUUUAUGGGAAGCAGUUAGUAGAGAUUCAAAUGGUAGGUUAAUUGGAGAAGAAAAUAAAUUGACUUUAGAAAAAAAUGAAGAUUACCGAAAUUUAACACAGUAUAUAGGAUUUUCAAAUAUUUCUGAAUUUAACAUAAAUCAAAAUAUUCUUUUUACUUGUAAUAAUAUAAAGAAAAUACAUACAGAUCAUUUUCAUAAUCAUAAUUUUAUUAUUAAUCCUGGGUUUGAAGAUAAACUAUUAUCAAGUUAUGAUGAUAAUUUGGUGAGUAAUUAUUAUAAAAAAGUAUGCAAGUCACCGUCUAUUAUUAAAUUGAACAAAACAAAUAAUUCUUCAUUAUUAAUAAAGAAUUCUAAUAUAGUUGAAGAUCAUAAAACUAAAGAAUUCUAUACAAAAGAAUUUUGUUCAAGGAAAGAUUUAAAAAACGAAGAAAAUAUUUUUCCUGAAGACUUAUCAAAAAAGAAUUAUAUUCUUAAUAAAGAAGAACUAACUAAAAUAUUUGAAACUAAUCAAGACUUUAAUUCUCAAGAAGAAACAAUGCCCAAUUUUCAAGAGUAUACGCUUUCCCAAUUGCAGUCUGAAGUUUCAAAAUAUGGUUUUAAAAUAAUGCAUUCAAAAAAAGCAAUGGUUAGCUUAUUAACUAAAUGUUGGAAAAUGUCGAAUUUAUUGGAACAAGAACAAUUAAUUAAGAAUAAUAAAGAAUUUAAUGAUUUUGAAUCUUCUCAAAUAUUUAACAAUAAAUUAUUGGAACAAAGUAUUAAAGAUGAUUUACAAAAUUACUCAUUGUUAACACAUUCAAAUAAUAAUUUAGAAUAUAUUUUUUCAUCCAUUACAAAAGUUCUGAAAAGUGCAGCAGGCGAGGUUUAUUGGUUUAAAAUAUUGCGUUAUGAACCUAUUAUUCUUGAAAUGUUUACUAGAUGGUUACAUGAACAUAAUAUAAUUAUUGCAUUUGAUAUAGUUAAACAAUACUGUAAUAUACAUAGUAUAUGUUUUGUACAUUUCAAAACAAAUCAUGGUUCCUCAAAAAAGUAUUUAUAA